GGCAGUCAUUUUCUUCAGUAUGCUCAUUAGUACGAAUUUGCUGCACAUCCUGCCUGACACUGUUUUAUCAGGAUGUGCGAGACUGGUGAUUUUUGUUGUGUCCGGCGCGUUGUUAAUUUCGUGCGGUUUGCAGUUGUUGCUGCUACGGGGCUAUGCCUUCAAUCAUACGGCCGAUUUCGAAACUGUUCGUUUGUUGAAGGAAAGACUGUGCUAUGUUGCAUACGAUGUCGAAAAAGAGCAACGCCUGGCGCUUGAAACAACCGUCCUUUCGGAAUCGUACACUUUGCCAGAUGGUCGUGUAAUUCGUGUUGGAGGUGAGAGGUUCGAAGCACCGGAGGUUCUUUUUCAGCCGCAUUUAAUUGAUGUUGAAAAAGCAGGUCUUAGUGAAUUGCUGUUUGGAGUAAUACAGUCGGCGGACAUUGAUACGCGACUCGAAUUCUACAAGCAUAUAGUGUUAUCGGGUGGUAGCACCAUGUAUCCCGGACUUCAGAGUCGUCUGGAGCGCGAAUUAAAGCAACUUUAUUUGGAUCGGGUACUCAAGGGAAACACCGAAGCCUUUCAGAAAUUCAAAAUACGCAUUGAGGCUCCACCGCGAAGGCAGCAUAUGGUAUUUCUUGGAGGUGCUGUUCUUGCAAAUAUUAUGAGGGAUCGGGACACGAAAUUCAAAAUACGCAUUGAGGCUCCACCGCGAAGGCAGCAUAUGGUAUUUCUUGGAGGUGCUGUUCUUGCAAAUAUUAUGAGGGAUCGGGACACGGAUUUCUGGAUUUCCAAAAAUGAAUACGUCGAGGGAGGCAUUGAGCGGUGUUUGGGAAAGUUAGGUAUCCGAUGAGG